AUGGGAUUUUUCGUGAUGAUUAGAGGAGUCUCUAUGGUGAAAGCAACGAGGCUUGUGUUGUUAUGUGUUUCUGUUUUGUGGGUCGUUCCAAAGGAAUGCGCCGGCGAAAGUGAUUUCUCAAGAAACUCGCCUUCUUCUUCUUCUUCCUCUUCGCCGCCAUUAUCACAGAGGCCAAGCUCUGUGAAUGUUGGAGCUCUGUUUACUUACGAUUCUUUCAUCGGAAGAGCGGCUAAACUCGCGUUUAAAGCGGCUAUGGAUGACGUUAAUGCUGACCAAACUGUACUUAAGGGCGUCAAGCUUAACAUCGUCUUUCAAGACUCAAAUUGCAGUGGAUUCAUUGGCACCAUGGGAGCUUUGGAGCUGAUGGAAACUCAAGUGGUUGCAGCCAUUGGUCCACAAUCAUCAGGGAUUGCUCACAUGAUCUCCCAUGUGGCUAAUGAGCUCCAUGUACCUCUCUUGUCAUUUGGAGCCACCGAUCCGACUCUAUCAUCUCUCCAGUACCCUUACUUCAUCCGCACCACGCAGAACGAUUACUUCCAAAUGUAUGCAGUCACAGAUUUUCUAUCUUAUAAAGGAUGGAGACAAGUCAUUGCGAUAUUCGUCGAUGACGAGUGUGGUAGGAACGGGAUCUCUGUUCUAGGCGAUGCAUUAGCCAAGAAACGCAUGAGGAUCUCUUACAAGGCUGCGAUCACACCUGGUGCUGAUACUAGCUCCAUCAGAGACUUGUUGGUCGCUGUUAACCUGAUGGAGUCUCGUGUUUUCGUUGUUCAUGUGAACCCUGACUCUGGUUUAAACGUUUUCUCUGAGGCUAAGUCUCUUGGAAUGAUGGGAAGUGGUUAUGUUUGGAUCGCAACAGACUGGCUCCCAACAGCUAUUGAUUCCAUGGAGGCUGAUGAUUCUUUGAAGGCAAUGGAUCUCUUGCAAGGAGUGGUUGCUUUCCGCCAUUACACAGCCGAGAGUAGUAUGAAGAGAUGGUUUAUGGAAAGAUGGAAGAAGCUUAGACACAGUUAUGAUGGCUUUAACUCUUAUGGAUUGUAUGCUUAUGACUCUGUUUGGUUGGUUGCUCGUUCCCUCGAUGUGUUCUUCAGAGAAAACAAUGAAGUAACUUUCUCCAACGAUGCGAAUCUGCACAAAACGAACAGUAGCAGUAUUCAGUUAUCAGCACUCAGUGUAUUCAAUGAAGGAGAGAAGUUGCUAGAGAUCAUUCUUGGGAUGAAUCAUACCGGUGUGACGGGGCUAACCAAGUUUGAUUCAGAGAGAAACCGGGUUAACCCGGCUUAUGAGGUUCUGAACAUAGAAGGUACAGGUCCACGCAGGGUCGGGUACUGGUCAAAUCAUUCAGGUCUCUCAGUGGUGCCUCCAGAGACAUUGUACUCUAAGCCUCCAAACACAUCUACAGCAAACCAACGUCUUUAUGAUAUCAUAUGGCCAGGUGAAGUAACUAAGCCUCCUCGUGGUUGGGUGUUUCCUAACAAUGGAGAACCGCUCAAAAUCGUGGUGCCUAACCGCGUGAGCUAUAGAGAUUACGUUUCCAAGGACAAGAACCCGCCUGGUGUUAGAGGCUACUGCAUUGAUGUCUUUGAAGCCGCCAUUGAGUUGCUUCCGUACCCUGUUCCUCGUACUUAUGUGCUGUAUGGAGACGGGAAGAGAAAUCCUUCUUACGAUAAUCUCAUCAAUGCAGUUGUUGCAAAUACGUACGAUGUAGCUGUAGGAGAUAUCACGAUUGUUACAAACAGAACAAGAGUUGUAGAUUUCACACAGCCGUUUAUAGAAUCAGGGCUUGUGGUGGUGGCUCCGGUUAAGGAGGCCAAGUCUAGUCCUUGGGCUUUUCUGAAACCAUUCACUAUAGAGAUGUGGGCUGUCACUGGAGCCUUCUUUCUCUUUGUGGGAGCCAUUGUCUGGAUUCUUGAACACCGCUUUAACCACGAGUUCCGUGGUCCUCCUAGGCGUCAACUCAUCACCAUCUUCUGGUUUAGCUUCUCGACCAUGUUCUUCUCUCAUAGGGAGAACACAGUGAGCUCAUUGGGGAGGAUGGUGCUGAUCAUAUGGUUAUUUGUGGUUCUUAUCAUCAACUCAAGCUACACCGCUAGUCUCACUUCGAUCUUGACCAUUCAGCAGCUGACAUCUCGGAUUGAAGGAAUAGAUAGCUUGAUAGCGAGCAAUGAGCCAAUUGGAGUACAAGACGGUACCUUUGCUCGGAACUAUCUGAUCAACGAGCUUAACAUAUCUCCUUCUAGGAUUGUUCCACUGAGAGACGAAGAACAGUACCUUUCUGCUCUUCAACUUGGCCCCAACAAACUUGGCGGUGUGGCAGCCAUUGUAGACGAGCUUCCUUACAUCGAAGUCCUUUUGACAAACAGCAACUGCAAGUUCCGUACAGUAGGACAAGAGUUCACACGCACAGGCUGGGGUUUCGCAUUCCAGAGAGACUCACCUUUAGCUGUGGACAUGUCGACGGCUAUCUUGCAGCUGUCUGAAGAAGGCGAGCUCGAGAAAAUCCACAGGAAAUGGCUUAACUACAAGCAUGAAUGCUCGAUGCAAAUCUCAAACAGUGAGAACUCUGAGCUUUCGCUCAAGAGUUUCUGGGGACUCUUCCUAAUCUGUGGCAUCACUUGCUUCAUGGCCCUCACUGUCUUCUUCUGGAGGGUUUUCUGGCAGUACCAGAGAUUGCUACCAGAUAGUGGUGGGGACGAGGAAAGGGCACGUGAAGCGUCUGAGACAUCUCGAUCAGGGAGAGGUUUACGAGCACCGAGUUUCAAGGAACUGAUAAAAGUUGUGGAUAAGAGGGAAGCAGAGAUCAAGGAGAUGCUGAAGCAGAAGAAACUCAAUACUAGCCAAAGUGGAGCUGGGAGUUCACAUUCACAACACAGCGAUAUUCCUUAA